AUGUUUAGAGAGUUUCUUCCUCUCUGCAUUUUAGUUGAAAGGAGUGCAGAAACUAUAACCAAAGGAGACAUUAGGCUUCCAGAAAAAUCUCAAGGAAAAGUAUUUCAAGCAAUAGUAGAAGCUGUUGGAUCAGGCUCUAAAGGAAAGGGUGGAGAGAUUCAACCGGUUGGCAUGAAAGUUGGAGAUACGGUUCUUCUCCCAGAGUAUGGAGGCACCAAAGUAGUUCUAGAUGACAAGGAUUAUUUCUGGUGUAGAAGUGGUGACAUUUUUGGAAAGUGUGUAGACUAAAAUACAUCAUUAUU